AUGAACGGCACGAACGGCACAAAUGGCACCAACGGCGUGAACGGCUCGCGCCGACAGCCUUGGUCACCAGGCCGCACCAACUCCAACCGAGACUACAACCGAGACUACAACCGGGACUACGACCGAGACUACGACCGAGACUACGACCGAGACUACGACCGAGACUACAACCACGACAACGACAACGACCCCAUCCACCCCUACCUCCCCUCCCAACCCAAAUCCCUCCGCGGCAUCGCCCUCCGCGCCUUCGCCCUGGGCAUCACCCUCUCCCUCAGCCUGCUCACCACCCUCCUCCUCCUGACUCUCACCAACUCCCCCCUCUGGCGCCUCCCCUUCUUCCUCACAGCUCUCUCCCUCUUCCACUUCCUCGAAUUCUACACCACCGCCACCUACAACACCCGCGCCGCCGCCGUCUCCUCUUUCCUGCUCACCUCCAACUGGCCCGCCUAUGCCAUCGCCCACACCACCGCUUUGCUCGAAUGUUUUAUCACGAACCUCUUCUGGCCUAAUACCUCCUGGACGCCCUUAUUCGGCCAUACGGGAACCCGGUUCCUCGUUGCCGUCGGUUUAACCCUAGUCAUAGCCGGCCAAGCCGUCCGCUCAGCAGCCAUGGUCCACGCAGCGCAAAGUUUCAACCACACGGUACAGUACCGUCGCCAGCGGGACCACGUGUUAGUCACGAGUGGGAUAUACAGCGUGUUGCGGCAUCCGAGUUAUUUUGGGUUUUUCUGGUGGGCGUUGGGCACGCAACUUGUGAUGGGGAAUGUGCUGAGUUUUGGGGGGUAUGCGGUGGUGUUGUGGCGGUUUUUUAGCGGGAGGGUGAGGUAUGAAGAGAGGUAUUUGGUGGCGUUUUUUGGGGGGGAGUAUGAGGAGUAUAGGAGGGGGGUGGGGGUUUGGAUUCCGUGGGUGGGGUGA